GCGCGGGUUGGCCCGGCGGUCUCCGGCGCAGAGGCUGGGCUUGUGCAAGGCCCUGCAGCUCCGGAGGUCGCCCUGGGCUGACAGCGCAGGUCGUCAGAGGCUAUGUUGGGCAAGGAUUAUAUGCUGGCCAUCAUUCUGGUCAACUGCGAUGAUGACUUGUGGGGGGACCAAAAUCUGGAGGGGGAGACAGGAUUACCCCCUGGCUGGAGAAAGAUCCGUGAUGCUGCGGGCACUUAUUAUUGGCAUGUACCCAGCGGUAGCACUCAGUGGCAGCGCCCAACCUGGGAACUGGGAGGUGCAGAGGACCCUGGAACGGGGACGGAGGGGAUUUGGGAACUUCGACCCCCCAAGGGGAGAUCCUUCUCCAGCCUGGACAGUUCAUUGAACCAGAGUAACUCUCUAACAUGGUAUGGUGAAGAUUCCUAUGUCCGGAGCCUGGAGCCAGGAGCUAAGUGCUUUGCAGUCCGCUCUCUGGGCUGGGUGGAAGUACCCGAGGAGGACCUGGCGCCAGGGAAGAGCAGUAUUGCUGUCAAUAACUGUAUCCAGCAGCUGGCCCAGACUCGUCACAGGAGCCAGCCCCAUGAUGGUGCCUGGGGUGAGGGCCAGAACAUGUUGAUGAUCCUUAAGAAAGAUGCUAUGAGCCUGGUGAACCCCCUGGACCACAGUCUGAUCCACUGUCAGCCUCUGGUUCACAUCCGCGUCUGGGGUGUGGGCAGCUCCAAGGGCCGGGACUUUGCCUUUGUCGCGGGUGACAAAGACAGCUGUAUGCUCAAGUGUCAUGUGUUUCGCUGUGAUGUACCUGCAAAGGCCAUUGCAAGUGCUCUACAGGGGCUCUGUGCACAGAUCUUGUCUGAGAGGAUAGGAGUCAGUGGAGAAGCUGCUUGCUGUUCCCCAGAUCCUAUUUCCCCCGAAGACUUCCCAAGGCAAGUGGAGUUGCUGGAUGCAGUGAGCCAGGCUGCUCAGAAGUAUGAGGCACUGUACAUGGGCAUCCUACCAGUCAACAAAGCCAUGGGUAUGGAUGUGCUGAAUGAGGCCAUUGGCACCCUCACUGCCCGGGGGGACCAGAAAACCUGGGUCCCUGCUAUGCUCAGUGUGUCUGACUCUCUGAUGAUUGCACAUCCCAUUCAGGCAGAGGCUAGUGCAGAGGAAGAGCCACUGUGGCAGUGCCCUGUGCGCCUCGUGACCUUUAUUGGUGUUGGCCGUGACCCACAUACCUUCGGCCUCAUCGCUGACCUUGGUUGUCAGAGCUUCCAGUGUGCAGCCUUCUGGUGCCAGCCUCAUGCUGGGGGACUCUCUGAAGCUGUGCAAGCUGCCUGUAUGGUUCAGUACCAGAAGUGUCUGGUGGCCUCAGCAGCUCGGGGUAAGACCUGGGGUGCCCAGGCCCGUGCCCGCCUUCGGCUCAAGCGGACCAGCUCCAUGGACUCUCCUGGUGGCCCCCUGCCUCCCCCCCUACUCAAAGGAGGGGUUGGAGGUGCAGGAGCAACUCCUCGAAAGAGGGGCGUCUUCUCAUUUCUUGAUGCCUUCAGGCUAAAACCUUCUCUUCUCCAUAUGUCCUAAAUUGAUCAUAGAGGGCUGGGGAAGGAGACUCUAUACUCCUUCAGUCCCCAGGGUUCUGUAGCCUCUCACCUUCCUGCCUAUCCCUGAUCCUUGCCUACCCUAUAUUUAUUACCAAGUUUGUUGUUUAUAUGGAUGACCAAGAGGCCCUGCACUAUAACUUCGGCCCCUAGUGCCCUUUUCCUUGGGUUCUUUUGUUCCUUGCCCCUGUCCAACCCUGGACAAUUGGCUCUACCUCAGCAACUUUAUAGCAGAAUCAGUGCAAAUAAAAAUCCCGCAGUGACCUCA